AUGAGUCUUGAUCCCAAUGCCUUUCCGAGGUCGAACUCCCCCGCAAGCUCCGAGAGCUCCUUGACACGCUCCCGUCUACAAGGAAAGGAAGGGUCCCUCAAAAAAGACAAGAACUAUCGCCGAUAUGCGUCUAGUGUUGAACGAGCGCUUUCGCUCUUCGACAACGCUCUCCAAGAAUGGGCCGACUAUAUCUCAUUUCUUGGUCGCCUGUUAAAGGCUCUCCAAACCCACCCACCCGAUCAGCCCGUCGUCCCUCAUAAAGUGUUAGUAUCGAAGCGACUCGCCCAGUGCUUGAACCCAUCGUUGCCAUCAGGCGUGCACCAAAAGGCCCUCGAAGUCUACACGUACAUAUUUGGAUUGAUAAAGGUAUGUGUGGCCACACGAAAGGCUGCCAGUGUGCUUACUGAUGCAUCUGUCUGUAACCAGCUCGAGGGAUUAUCGCACGACCUGCCUUUGUAUCUUCCUGGCCUUGCGCCAACGUUGACUUUCGCCUCUCUUACUGUCCGCCCGUUGUUCCUGUCUUUGGUAGAGGGAUAUAUCGUUGAUCUGGAACCAUGGGCUAUCCGUCCCGCCUUGAAAGCAAUCAUUCUAGCCCUACUUCCAGGCCUCGAAGAGGAGACAAGUGAGGAUUUUGAGCCAACACUGCGCACAAUGAACAAACUGCGAGAUGCUGCUUCACAACUUGAAACACAAAGGACUUCUGAGACCGGGGCAUCUGGGCAGUAUUUCUGGCAAUGCCUCUUUCUUGCAUCUAUCACUAACCCUAGUCGACGGCUUGGCGUCCUCGCAUAUUUGAACCGCUACCUUCCGAAACUAGGUAUCGCAGAUCGUCGACCGAGCACGGCUGGUGGGAGCGGUCCGCAGAACAUCCCACCUGAUAUACUGGCCGCAGCAGACUCUGUCAUUCUACCUGAGCCUGGGCUCUUGAUUCGAUGUGUUGCAUCGGGCUUAUCCGAUGACCAGCUCCUUGUCCAACGCAACUUCCUUGAUCUUCUUGUCACCCACCUCCCACUCAGCUCUCCGAUUUUGCAAAACAAAAUUGCGGCUAGUGAUCUUCGAACGUUGGUAAUUGCAGCAGUGGGGGUGGUCACUCGACGGGACAUGAGCUUGAACCGCCGACUCUGGGCCUGGUUCUUAGGACCAGAUUCCCCAAACGAUAGCUCAUCGAUGGAUGAUCGAAAAUUAUCGUCGGAAACCGCUCGAUCUGUUUCCGUCGAUGGAAAGGAACUCACACAAUCACAAUACUUCAGCCGGUUAGGCUUACAGCCAUUGGUCACUGGUCUACUGGAUAUGAUCGAACAAGCACCGAGUAUUCCGUCCGAGAGAACCAAGCCAUUUCGCAUAGCUCUGUCGCUAAUGGAUCGCUGGGAGAUUGGUGGAUACAUUGUCCCUGCUGUUUUCUUGCCCACUGUACGCAGUGUUCAGGCAUUUGAAUCCACAGCCCCCGAGAACCACUUCGAAGAGGUUUUCCGCAGUGCGAGCGCCUUUUUUGAUGGUGUUGAAAGUGGCGUGAUAUUCUCCGAGCUUCUGGGGUUGGUUGACUACCAGUCUUCCGAUGUAGACGUUGAUAGCGACCAAGUGUUGCGUAACUUGGAUCUUGCACAAUUUAUCAUUGAGAAUUUCAACGUGCGCGAGGAGGACAUGGUUCAGAUCCAUGUGCCUCUGCUGGCAUUGUCAGUGCUGGUGAAGAUGAGAGAGAUUCAAUCCAAGAAGAGCAUCGCCAACCAACAGGCCGUGACCGCCUCAUUGAACAAAGUUCUCAAAUCGUUGACUGGUCUACUCACAGAGCGGGCGUUCUCAAGAAAGCCGGGUUCUGAAAAGACUGCCGGCAACGACACAAAGGGCCGUGGUACUGAUAUUUUGAAAUCUGUCCACAGUUUCUACGAACAAAGCAAAAAUAGCCUGGAGCUUCCACCCCUUCCCUAUGCUCCUAAGAAUCUUGGCGAAAUGAUCAUUCGAGAGGCUCACGAACUAGCUAUCGCGGCGCUAUAUAGCCGCGAUGGCAAGCUAUCUGUCCACGAACCACUCGAUAUUCUUGUGACCCUGCUCAAGAAGCUUCCGAAGUCCCGCGUUCUACGAGACCGAAAACUGUACGAAGCGCUCUCUCAGCGACUAGGUUCAGGGAAGGACAAACCAACAACCGCUUCCUUCUCUGUCAUAUCGACAAUUGCUUCGACGGUGACGAGUUUGUUUUUCAUACAGACUCCCGGCUUCUAUGUCAGCUAUGAGGAUGCUUGCGAUCUGAUCACCCCUCUUGUCAACCAGCUUUGGUGGUACUUAUCACCCCUUAGUCCAAAGUUUCACGUGGAAGCCGUCCGCUGCCUAUGGCUCCUGCACUCAAUUUCUUGGAUUGACCACCUUGUCGAAGCGUCCUUGACAGCUUUAAUGGUCAAUGUGUCAACUGCAGCAUCCCGCCACCUCUCGUCGGAGCAACAAGCUGAGCGAUUCUAUGUCUUGUGGAACCAUAGCCAUCACAGCACGCAUGAGCAGCCGCCAAAGCAAGUGCUUGAUGUUGGAGGGACCCUGUUCUCUUAUCAGUGUUCUAUGCUUGAACGCCCGCUUUUCAUUGUCCUCGAUCUUCUCUCCCAAGAGUCAAGUGAUAGUUCGCAGAGCGUGCAACUAUGGCUUCAAGACUUGCCAUCCAUCCACAAGGUUUUCCAUGUGGUAAUCUCGAAUCUUGAUGAGCUUUCUGAAGCUGAUGAAAUCAAUGAGCAAAAGACAGACAACCACUCAAUUUCCCCAGACGACUAUAAAGAGUGUGACUAUCUGUUACAGACAGCCUCAAAUAUCAUAUCCGCGCUUUCGCACAAUGGAUGGAUCGCACUUCUUACUCAUGUGCUAGGCAACGAGAAACGUCUUGAAGCAUCCAAACCUGAAGAUAAUGCAGACUUCAAAAGCCUCCAUUCUGCGAUAUUUGAGGCAUCUCUUCGAAUCGUCAACACACUGUCACCAGCUCCUAUGGAAUUCAACUUAGAUGGAGAACGACUGCAUAAGGACGCACUCCAGCUCAUGCAGCAGCUUCUUCUUGGGCCCGGAGCGGAGGAAUUAGUGGAGUCUGGCAUUGAUGACUUCUUGGUGGAGCGCCUUCUUGUCUCUUCCGAGGGGGGCAGUAUUGCGGUGCAAGGUGCACUAAUCGACGCGCUGCUUGCUGCAUUGAAGGUGCGAUUUGCGCAAGCAUAUCUACCACCGCCGCCACCUCGGCCAAAACAUUUAAGAGCUAGCUCUCGAGAUCGGCUGACUAGUCCUUCGAUCUUGUCUUUCACUAGUGACAAGGGAGACAGGAGACAGUCGCUCCCUCAGCUACCGCAGCCGCCAGAGCGACUUCUGGAUUGUCUUUUAAAGGGAAUCAGCUCACCUAAAUCCCGAGAAAUUGUGGACAAGUGGAUAGUCUUGCUCUGUGAGGUGCUCCCUCUAUACUCAGGUUCCAUCUUCCAGAUCCUAUUGAUGCUUGUAGAAUGUUUCUGCAGGGAAAUUCGAGCAUCAUAUGGCAGACUUCAGCUGUCCUUCCAGCAAACAGAGGAUUGGCCGCAGGACCGUUCCGAGCAUGUCACAAUUGCUCUUCUGACUGGCCUCGAGAACUGUAUCGCAAAUGCCCACGAACGUCUCAUUGCGGAGGAGUCCAAUGUUCCAACAGUCAAGAGCCCUGACCAACCGCAGGGCUUUUUCGGAAACAUGGUGUCUGGGGUAUUCAACUCGGAAGGCGGGCAAGGUCGCCCAAAUACCGCUAACGACCGCCUGACUGUUCUUCUCUGUUUCCAAGAUGCCGUUCGCCUGUGCUUCUCCAUCUGGGCGUGGGGUGCGGGAGAUCACAGUGACUCUCCCCCCGAUUGCGAAUCUCUAGCCUCGUUUCAAUACACCUCGUUGCGGAUGAGAAACCGCUCACGGCGAAUCUUGGAGCACUUUUUCACCGCAGAGGCACUCGAAUGUCUUGAGACCUUGGUGGAAAUGUGGACCAAGGCUGAUACGGAGACAGCGUCACUUAUCUUCAAUCUUCUCCAUACACUCGAUGGGUCAAGCCCAAAGAUCACCAUCCCUGCCAUUUUCAAUGCAAUCUACACUCGCACUAACCCUAGUGCCUUGGAUCCUAGCCGGAAGUCUUCGUUGACGUCCAAUCUCUCUGAGUCCGAGCUAGCUAGCUUUUUGGUUACUUAUGCCCGCUCACUGGACGACGAUGUCCUUGACGAGAUUUGGACGGACUGCACAACUUUCUUGCGCGAUGUCCUUAGCAAUCCAUUCCCACACCGGCAGAUUCUUCCACGUUUGAUUGAAUUCGCGGCUAUUCUGGGGGUGAAACUGGAGAAUACAACUUUUGGCGAAGACCGCCGUAUGCGAAAGGAACUUGGAGAUGUUCUCCUACGACUCCUUACCGCAGUCUUUACCAGCAAGCCCCUAGGCCUCAACCACGACACUGGGCCUAUGGCAAGAUCUUCGGUAGAACAUGAUCGUACCUCGGUCUCUCAUACUGGACCCGAUGACAUGCUGAGCAUUCUAGCGGUCUCUAUGCCGUCAUUUAUCACGACCCUGGGUGAUUCAGAUCGGAUCAACACCGCCAUUACUAGUGUCUCGACUAAUGUAGUGGGCCCUCUCAUUCGGUCACGUCUCUUCCCUAACAAUCUCAACCGCAAUGUCAUGGUUCUUCUACAGCAAAUGGCAAAAGUACCAGCUGCGGCGAAAGUGUGGAAGAAGGACAUAUCCGACGCAUUCAAUGACGCCCGAUUCUUUGGCCUGCAGUUGGAUUUGGUGAAGAACAGCUGGAUGGACCUGCUGCGCCAGUGGGUUCUCGCCGACAAGGAACGGCUACCCGAACUUCUUGUCCGCCUUCCACCACCAAGCUCAGCUGGCAUAAUGUUCGGCGUAGGAGCCUCUGCGGCCCGAUUGGAAGCUGAUGGCAAAGCGCAGCUCAACCUCCGACGAAUUGCGCUACUUCUGCUUUCCGCCAGCGGUGAUUAUUUUGUUGGUGAAUUGCCAGCAUUGCUUCAGAAACUGGAAGAUCUUCUUGCAGCAACCAGCACCUCAUCGCCAUCUUCUGCCACACGGGCGGAAGUGUUCAUGGUUCUUCGAGCAGUCGCGCUCAAGACCUCUACCUCCGCCAUGGCGCCAUUCUGGCCCCUGAUCAACACGGAACUGCAGGAAGCGAUCUCUGCAGUACCCGAGGGCUCUCAGCCGGAGCUCUACAACUCUUACUCGCUGCUUCAGGCGUGCAAGCUUCUCGACAUAUUGGUUGUCCUCGCCCCAGACGACUUCCAGCUCCUCGAAUGGCUUUUCGUAACCGACACGAUUGAUGCGGUCUAUCCGCCAGACCGCUGGGAGCCCGUUGCUCUGGCAGAUGAAGUUUCUCAGACUUUCGGCCCACGCGGUGCAGGCUCACCCACUGUCCCCACGGAGGUCAUCGAGCCCCAGGCUCGCAGUAGCCUUAAGCGGCCAUGGCUUAUCUCGGACUGGAUCCGGGAGACACCCAAGGACGAUAUUGUCGAGAGGGUCCUGCGACCAUUCUUCGCUCGAUUGAGCAUCUAUGUGUUUGAGAGUACGUACAGCAUGGGCAGCGUAGAUUUGGCAGUGUGCCGAAACGAUCUGUUGGCGGAUCUCUUCAACGAGAGUACAAUGGCCAAUUAG